AUGGCCCGCGCCAAGUCGACCAAGCCGACUGGCGACGAGCGCAAGCCCAAGCCCGAGGACAACAGCCACUUUGCCGCCUGGCAGGCCUUCUACGCCGUCGAGAGCAAGAAGCUCCUCGCCAAGCAGCCCAAGCUCAAGCAGCGCACGAUGCAGAAGCGCCUCUCGGCCGCGUUCAAGAGGCACAAGGCGGAGCUCGCGAGCCAGGAGGGCGGCGGCGAGACGGGCUCGGGCGAGGAGAAGUAG